GGCUGAGUUGAGCAGAGGAGGAGCUGUGGGUUUGAGCCAAGUCCCACAUUCCAAGUCAAGCAACUGCAGGGAGAGGGGAGAGGAGAAGAGAGGAGAGGGCAGAAACAGUCGUGGGUCAAAGGAAGAAGACCAAGGAGUAGAUAGGCUAGGAAAUGGCAUUGCUCCUGUGGCUGGGGUCCCAGCUGUCAUCCUGCUGGAGCAACUUCUCUACCCUGGGAGUUUUUCUAACAGUCUUUACUUUAUUUCUUGACUUCAUGAAGCGCAGGAGGAAGUGGAGCCGUUAUCCGCCGGGCCCAGUGUCGCUGCCAUUCAUUGGGACCAUGCUGUACAUUGACUUCCAAAACCCACACCACUCCUUCAAGCAGCUUCACAAGAAGUUUGGAAACAUCUUCAGUCUCCAGAACUGCUGGACCAACAUGGUAGUACUGAACGGGUAUAAAGCAGUGAAGGAAGCCCUGGUCCACAGAUCAGAGGACUUUGCUGACCGGCCGUAUUCGACCAUGUUGGAACACAUGGGCUACGGAAGUAAAUCUGAAGGGAUUGUUAUAGCAAGAUACGGGCAUGUCUGGAGGGAGCUAAGGAAAUUCACACUCUCUACCUUGAGGAACUUUGGGAUGGGAAAGAAAUCCUUGGAGGAGCGGGUGACGGAGGAAGCUGGAUUUCUGUGUGCUGCAAUUAAUGCUGAAGGUCCGUUUCCAUUUUUAGGUCGUCGCUCGAUUUGCCGUUUCUAUGUAAAUAAUGCUGUCAGCAACGUGAUCUGCACAACCGUCUACGGACAGCGCUUCGACUAUGAUGAUGAGACAUUCAAGAAGCUGUUACAUUUGUUUGAAAACGUGAGUGGAGAAGGUGGAUUCCUGCCUCAGCUUGUUAACGUGGUGCCCAUUUUGUUGCGUAUCCCUGGAGUGCCACAGAAAGUCUUUCGAGGGCAAAAGGAAUUCAUGGACUUCAUAGAUGUGCUCAUAAAGAAGCACAUGGAGACCUGGAACCCUGCUGACAUCCGAGAUUUCACUGAUGCGUUUUUGAAGGAAAUGGAGAAGGGUAAGGAGGCUGAAAAGAGCGGCUUCAACUAUAACAACCUUCGUCUGGUGACCGUAGACUUGUUCUGAGACCACCUCCAUCACUGAGCUGGUUCUGAGACCACCUCCAUCACUCUCCGAUGGGCAUUACUGUACAUACUUCUCCACCCAGAAAUACAGAGUAAGGUUCAAGCAGAAAUUGAUAACGUGAUUGGCAGAGAGCGAUCACCCACUAUGGAGGACCAAGUGAACAUGCCCUACACCAAUGCUGUGAUCCAUGAGACGCAACGCUUGGGGGACGUUUUUCCUACUGGGCUACCUCACAUGACGUACCGGGACACUGAGUUGCAAGGCUUCUUCAUUCCCAAGGGGACAACAAUCAUCACCAACUUGUCUUCCGUGCUGAAGGAUGAGACAGUCUGGGAGAAGCCAAACGAGUUCUACCCUGAACACUUCCUGGAUGCAAACGGGCAGUUUGUGAAGCCAGAGGCCUUCCUGCCUUUCUCAGCAGGUCGCCGUGUCUGCCUGGGGGAACAGCUGGCCAGGAUGGAGCUCUUUAUCUUCUUUACCACUCUCCUGCAGAAAUUCACCUUUGUGCUCCCUAAGGACCAGCCCAGGCCACAGGAGGAUGGUCACUUUGCCCUCACGAGGUCCCCACACCCAUUCCUGCUGCAAGCUAUCCCAAGAUAAGUGUGCACCACUCUCCCUUUCACUCACACAUCUCCACCCAUGCAAACUCUGUCAGAAAGGUUGCAGGUCUAGGGCAGGAUCAUGCCGGGUUCCAUUAAAGACCUCUUUAAUUCCAGACCUGGAUCUUGAAUGAGACCGCCAUAGCAAGUUACGAAUGCUGAUCAAGUCUGCAAGUACAAAUAUGCCUCAUCAGCCAGCUCUGCUGUGCUUUGGGCUCUCAUCAGUUGCAGAAGCAGUUCACUGAGCUCACAGCUACUGAAAGAAUUAUUAGUCCUGAAUUAGUUUAAUGAAAAAACAAGGGUAUCCUGGGUAAAAGACAAGCCUGGGGUCUUGCCAAUUCUAGGAACAAAAUAACCCUUGGAAAAAUCUCUAAGGUACUGCUGGCCUGUGCUCUUGCUUGCUAGCCCCACUGCACACCCAGCCGCGCUGCCCCCAUGAGGUGCUGUCCCACAGCAGCGUGUGCCUCUGCCUGGUGCCCAGGGGAGGCCAGCUGUAGAUCUCACAGCUACCUUUCUUCCUGCAAUAUUCCUGACAAAUUGUUUUGCAAGGUGUUAAAAUACGGUGAUGUUUAGAUUAGUAGCUGCUUUUUAACCACAUGGCUGACAUGACCAUAGCAUAAAUGAGCAUCUAUGCAUAAUCACUACUACAAGAAAAUCUCUGUAACCGAGGGCAUGUUUCACACAUUCACAUCUAUCUAAUACCAAUUUUGGAAGCCUAUGAAAUUAUUGAUUUAUUGCAAAUACUUAUUAAUAUUGCUGUUAAGAUUUUACCUUUGCAGGAACUGCGCAUUUAUGCUUUCAUCUGCAAGAUAGUCUGAAAGAAUAAAGUCAUCUAGAAAGUC